GCAGAGUAGUGAAGCUAAAUAAAACGCGCCACGUCAUCAAGACGUGUAACAAAAACGCGCCAAUCAUUCAUCUGAGGCCUUCGUAACGCAGAACGUAGAUCGUCAUAAAUAACAAUUCGAACAACAGCGAAAAAAAAACCAACAGAUCGUGAAUUUUUAAUUCACCCCCUUGAAUGAUAAAACCCUUUUUAAUAAUAAUAAAAAGAAAUACAGUACUUGCAUAUCUCCCUGGAUCAACCUCUUUCUUUAACCCGGUUCUCAGAUCCUGAGAAGAACCAUUAGAACGACACUCGUAUCACAUCUUUGAUUUCUUUUUGAAAUUUGAUUCUCGUCGAUGUAUAGUUUCUCAAACAACAGAUUACGAAUGUAUGAAUUUGUUACUGGAGAAAAGGAAUAAGGCAAAGAUGGUGAAAAUGACAUUGAUAGCUCGUGUUACCGACGGGCUGCCUCUAGCAGAGGGUCUCGAUGAUGGACGUGACUUACCUGAUUCCGACAUGUAUAAGCAACAGGUCAAGUCUCUGUUUAAGAAUCUUUCCAGAGGUCAUAACGAAGCUUCAAGAAUGUCUGUUGAGACUGGCCCCUAUAUUUUCCAUUACAUCAUAGAAGGACGUGUUUGCUACUUGACAAUGUGUGACCGUUCUUACCCAAAGAAACUGGCGUUUCAAUACUUGGAAGAUCUCAAGAACGAGUUCGAACGUGUCAAUGGGCCUAACAUUGAAACAGCUGCUAGACCUUAUGCCUUUAUUAAAUUUGAUACAUUCAUACAGAAAACCAAGAAACUGUACCAAGACACACGUACGCAACGAAAUAUCGCUAAGCUGAAUGAUGAACUCUAUGAGGUCCAUCAGAUAAUGACGCGGAAUGUGCAGGAAGUCCUAGGUGUUGGUGAAAAGCUGGAUCAGGUGAGCGAGAUGUCGAGCCGGCUAACUUCUGAAUCUCGUGUAUAUGCUGAUAAGGCUAAAGAUUUGAACCGUCAGGCUUUGAUCAGGAAAUGGGCACCAGUAGCGAUCGUGUUGGGUGUCGUUUUCCUUCUUUUUUGGGUCAAGAACAAGCUCUGGUAAAGAAAGGAGGAACAUGAGGCUAUUUUCGUAAUCUAGCAGACUUCUCCGGUCCAUAUAUCAGACCGCCGGCGCAAAUCUUCUUCUUUCAGAGUGAAACUUUGACACAUUUUGUACUUAGUUAUGCAAACUUUAUGAGACUGGUCAUAGUAUCAUCCAUCAAUACAUUUUUUCAAAACCUUGAUUGUCAUUCUAUCAGGUUCUUCAUGUCAAACCAAAAUCAAAAUUUUGUUUUGAUUUCAUUA